UUGCAUACGCUCAUAGAUUGUUAAGGUGGAUUAAUUUAAAAAUUCAAUUAAAUCACCAGUACAUGAUUUCUGGAAUUUUGGAUGGUUUAUUAGAAGAGGAAAAUUCAAUUACAAGAUUUGUAAUUCGUGCAACUGAUUCAUACUCAAAUUUUACAUCGACAAAUAUCACAAAUCAACAAAAUCGUGCAAACAAAGUAAAUGAAACUCCUGAUCUUACGGAUCUUUUAAAAUCUCAAAGAAAACAAGAAAUCUCAUCUAAGACAAUUCAAUUUUCUCAUGUUAACAAGAAUAAAAAGAAUUCUACUGAUGAAGAUGAAAACAUACAAACAAAAUCUCAAGUAAUUGCUCAUGCUCCUUAUCAAAAUCUUUCUUCUCAAAACAAAUACUAUGCAUCAUUUACACAGCAAACUCCUCAACUUUCUACACCUCCUUCUUGUGAAAAAUUGAAAGUAAAGUCUGGAAGAAAGAGAAAAAUUCCUACUGCAAAUCUUGAAAUAGAAAAAACAAAACCAGUAAGAAAAUCACCUAGAAAGAAAAACAUUGGAGAUUUAGCAACUAUGGAAUUAGAAAAUAAUGUUAAUAACAAUAUUAAUAAUCAUUCAUUAGUAAAACAAAUGAGUAGCAUCGAAAAAAUUAAUGAAGAAUUAAGUGAAUGA